GUGCUAGGUACUAUAAUUUUGACAUUCACUUAGCUUAUCUAAGUUUUAUUUACAAACAAAAUAACCUUUUUACUAAAAUGACGUGCAUACAAUGUAAUCAAGAAUCAAAAUAUAAAUGUCCUGUAUGCAGACAACCCUAUUGUUCAGUUUCUUGUUAUAAAGAACAUAAGAAGAAUCCUUGUACGGCCCCACCACAGUCCCCAAAGCCGCCUACAUUAAAUGAAAAAGUUAUUGAGUAUGAUUAUCCUACAGAAGACACUGUGCCAAUAGAAAAAUUAAAGUUAUUAGAACACUCUGCAGAUGUGAAGACAUGCUUAGAGAACCCACAUGUACGUGAAAUAUUGGAAUUACUGGAUAAGUCUCCAUAUCCAGCUAAACUUAUAAAGGAGUAUAUGCAAGAACCAAUAUUCACUGAAUUUGUGGACGCCUGCUUGGCAGUUGUGCAGCCACCAGAUAGCAAUGAUAAAUAAAACUGUUACUUUUGA